UUCCAAUUCUGUCGACCUACACACACUGUGUUACUCUACGAUUAUUUCGAUGUCCAGACCCAGGAAUUACGGCAGGGUUACGCUUUGGCUCUUGAUUACACCACUCCUCAACUCUAUAGCUUCAGCCGCUAACGACGAUUGUCCGGCAUCACGACUUCAUCUAUCUGAGCCUCCUUAUGACAACUACCUCCUGUCUGAUUGCCACACAAGCUCGCAUGUAAUCGUCACCAGUCCAGUUCGUGGCGGCAAGGACCUUGACCCUCGACUCCUUGUAGCAUGGCCAGCCGGAAACAGUGGCAUUGCCAUUUACUUUGAGCCUGAGAACGGUGUCCGGGGCAGUCUUGGAUUGAACUUGGAAAAUGCGACUAGCACCGGCAAUGCCCUUGAGUCUCUAGAUUUAGGCAGCACCGACUCCAAGAAUGAGAAUCCUCGCGUAGGUGUGACGGGCCUUGUUCACUUCGACUCCCCAGCCAUCUUGACGAUUCCCAUCUUGGGGAGUAUCCGCGCCAUUCGAGACUAUUCAGAAGGGGGAAAAACUUUGCACCCUAAACUUCAAAAUGCAGUUGCUGUUGUACCCGGGGAUGUUCCAGGGGGCGCCGCUAUAUACCGCGACUGGCUAGACAAGCAGACUACAACCUGGCUCACAUUUGCUCAGACGGGAGAUGUCGAUGCCGUCAAGAUUAUUCCAGGCGAUAGAUAUACGCUUCGGUUCGGCCAAGGCACCUAUAACUUCACAGCAACUUUCAACUAUCCGCAGAUGAGCCAAUUGAGCCCACAGCAAGUACUCAACUCUGGCUCGCAGGAUCUUGUAGCUCAAAACCCCGAUCAAACAACUUCGCUCUCCUUUCUUUCGUACAAAAGCAAGAUCCUCGCAGGAACGUGGCGCUUUUUGACGUACUUCGGUCGCGACAGCAUGAUCUCAGUCCUACUGAUGCGAUCUAUUCUUAGUCAAGGAGAAGGUGGAGCAAUUGAGGCUGCUAUCUCCGCAGUUCUUGAACGUGUCAACAAGAAUGACGGUACUGUUUGUCACGAAGAAGUGAUUGGAGAUUAUGCGACUUUCCUCAAUCAGCAAAACGGUGUCGAUUCUUCCGCGCCGUCUUGCGACUACAAGAUGGUUGAUACAGACUACUACUUGCCUAUUGUAAUGAAGGACUACUUCGUAGACACAGAAACUGGGAAAGAUCGAGCAGAGGAUUUUCUAAACACCAAGGCUUCCUUUCUUCAAGAGAACGCGGGUACCUCGUAUCGUGAUCUGGCCCAAUCGACUGCCGAAAAAAUCAUGAAAACGUCGGCUCCUUUUGCCGCCUCUCAAUCCAUCGAAAACUUGAUUCAGCUUAAGAAUGGAGAGUCUGUCGGUGAAUGGCGUGAUUCGAACAACGGCUUGGGUGGCGGUCGGAUCCCAUACGACGUCAAUACUGCGCUUGUCCCCGCGGGCCUACGUGCUGUUGGUAGACUGGCCCGAGAUGGCUUCUUCACGGGCCAUGAAGAUUGGAAAACGCUUGCGGACGAAUACGCGCAGAUUUGGGAAGACAAGACACUCGACUUCUUCAAAGUUACGGUCCCUGCCAACGAAGCUCGAGAUCUCGUCACCCAGUACGUGAAAGAAGCCGGCUCGUCUGCACCGGCAUUUUCAGAAAGGAUCACAGGGGAUGUAGUGUUCUACGGUCUCGCCUUGAAUGGAGAUAAUAAUCAGCCCAUUGUCCGCGUUAUGAACACUGACGAUUGCUUCCGCCUUUUCCUACUCGAUACUACGAACCAAACUCAACUCAGCUCUUUUCUAGAUCAGACUGCAAACAAUAUCCUUGCACCAUUCCCCGUCGGAUUGUCGACAGAAGCGGGUCUGCUGGUCGCGAAUCCAGCAUACGGAGGUUCACAAAGCUAUGCGGACAACUGGUCAAAUAGCCAAUAUCACGGCACUGUGAUCUGGAGUUGGCAGUUGGCGAUGAUGGCGGCAGGGCUCCAGCGUCAGCUUGACCGGUGCGGGGGUGAUAAGCCUGGUAAGUCAGCGAGCGACACGCACUCAUCCAUAUACAAAUUUUUCUCCUUUAGUAUCUAACCCCUCGUGAACCAGACUUCUGUAACGAU